GAAGCCGGUGCUGAAAAUGUACAGUGUGGCGGCUGUUUGACAACAAAUAGUUAGGUCGGGCCUUCAUCCGAAGAGCGGUGCUAGCCGCAAAAGAUCGUUUAACGUUACGACUCACUAGCAACGUUAGCUCGCUAAUGUUGGCUAUCACAACACCUAAUGUUUGCUACGUUAAACGGGAUUGUCUAACACCUGGCUUAAUUCAUGACCAAAUGUUCUUUUAAUUAUUCUGCAUUGGUUUCGCGUUUUAAAAUGCUUGCUGAUAGUUUUAUAGGAUGACCAUUCCCCCUUGGUCAGUAGCGUUAUCUGUUGGCUGACGUUAGCUAAACAUGUUCGCGCUUUCGAACGAUGCUCCUGCUUUGCUAACAGUAGCUAACAAGCUAACGGUAGCUUUACUGCGUUCCACCUUUGGUUAGAAGGCAGCUUUUUAAGGUUAACACUUUGUAGUUAGAUUGUCAACCCAUUAACUUUGAAAUUUCGAUAUUAAUGCUAGCACAUCAAAUUCGACCGUGACUGAGUAACGUUAUGUGAAAAUUGCAUAAUGUUUUGAAGUUAACGUUACUUGUUACCUGGCUUGCUAACGUUAGCUAAUUGACUGGCUGUUAGCGUUAAGUUUAUAACUCGCUGUCAGUGAUGGCCGGCUUUAUUUGACAAGGCAGCAGGAGCUAACGUUAGCUUGCUAGCAGGCAUUAGUUAGCAAAGAAAGUUCGCACAGGCCUGUUGUUACCCGAGUACUUAGGGUUGGGUUAACGUUAGCUGACAUGUUUCUAACAACCAUUACAUGGUUGACUUACAGUAAUGGUUCAGUAGAGAGUAAUACGACUAUCGUUAGUUGGCAACAAUACAGUCAAGUCCGGGAUAAGGCAGCUAAAAGGCCACACCUUGGUUUUGAAUGAGAAGAAGCUAGUCCAACUGAACUAGCUAACUAACACUAACAGAGUUGUAAGCUGAACAACAUCAGCAUUGAUAGUUCUCGUGGUUCAGUAAGUAGAAAAUAAACAACAUUGGUACAAGCACCAAGGAGUUUGUUGGAAAGCACAACCUGUCGCUGUAUGUUAUCUUCGAGUCCUCAACAAUUAUUUUGUGGUUUUCUUGUACUUGUUUGUUCGCCUUAACUGCCUUUCAGUUUGAUCAUGUGGCUACAAAUUGUAUGUGUUCAGUGCAGCUGAGGUAGUAAGUACAACAGUCACAUGAAAGCACUGACUUUGACAUAGUUUUCACAACUUAAACACUGGAGGGUGGGACCACCAGCCGCAGAAGCGACGUCUUCAAUAGUCGUUGCAUGUCCAUAUCAAUUCUAGACUUUGCUCCUCAAGGGGUCUCACUUGAAAUUGUAUAUUUAAGAUAUUCUACCAACAGUUUUGGGUGCAGUCAAUUAAGUUGUCAACCUUGGAUGGGGUGGGUCUACUCUAUGUGAUCCAGAUCUCAUCUACUUUUAUUUACACUAAUUUCUGAAAAUGUUGGCUAACUGCUCGUAUAUAUUUAAUUAUACACUUGUCUAUCACUAUUGUGUUAUCCUAUUCAGGUAAAAUUAUGGUGCAUUAUUAGCAAGCUGUUAUGAAAUCUAUUUGCUCAGAGAAUGAUGGUAAAAAUAUUUAAAAUUCCAGUUCAAAAGACUGGAAUUUUUUAAAGAGCUGAAGAGAAAGGCACGAUCUUCUUCAAACACAGAUAUUCUUUAUGAAAAUUGAUAUUAAAGGCAGUUCUUGCUGUUGUUAUUGUAAUAUCUUAUUCCCAGCAUUCAUGUGGUUGCUAGAUAUGGUUGGCCUAAGCUUGCCAGCAUACCGAUUGUUAUUCAUAAUGAAGGGAUGAUUCAUUAGUUUUUAGGUGUGUUAAAUGGUGCAAUCUUAGACUAGGUCUAAGAAGAAGAUGUACUAUUUAAAUGCUAAAAACCAGAACGACAACUGCAUCACCCUGCUGACUGAUAUGUUCUCAAUGUUCCCUCUCCUCUACCAGUAUGAUGUUGUGCCCAUUCAGCCCAGCGUUGUCAUCUGUUCCUGCUCGCAUCCAUCAAUGGUAAGAAACCACCCUGACUCCUGCUCGCCACUUGCUAUCCCAGGCGCAAGCAGUAGCCACUGUCCCAGCAUGGAGGGCUCCGCCUCAGAGGCCCGUGCUGUAGGAGCGUCUGCCAGCAGCCAGGGCGCAGACCUCCGCACACAGCCGGCUGUCCAGGCCCCUCAGCCACGCAAGAAGAAGCCAGAGGACUUUAGAUUCGGCAAGAUUCUGGGAGAGGGCUCCUUCUCAACGGUUGUCCUGGCAAGAGAGCAGGUAACGGGUAAAGAAUAUGCAAUUAAGAUUUUAGAGAAGCGCCAUAUUGUGAAGGCAAACAAAGCCCAGUACGUGAAAAGAGAAAGAGAUUUGAUGUCGAAUCUAGAACACCCAUUCUUCGUCAAGCUCUACUUCACAUUUCAAGAUGAUGAGAAGUUGUAUUUUGGCCUGAGCUACGCUAAGAAUGGAGAGCUCCUGAAAUACAUUCGCAAAAUUGGUUCUUUUGACGAGACCUGUACUAGAUUCUAUUCAGCGGAAAUAGUUUGUGCUCUAGAAUACUUACACAAUAAGGGGAUAAUACACAGAGAUCUGAAACCAGAGAAUAUUCUUCUGAGUGAAGACAUGCACAUCCAGAUAACAGAUUUUGGGACGGCAAAACAGUUAUCAUCAGACAGUAAACAAGCGAGAGCAAACUCCUUUGUCGGAACAGCACAGUACGUGUCUCCAGAGCUGCUGACAGAGAAAUCUGCCUGCAAGAGCUCUGACCUCUGGGCCUUGGGAUGUAUUACCUAUCAGCUGGUGGCUGGUUUACCACCUUUCAGAGCUGGAAAUGAGUACCUAAUAUUCCAGAAGAUAAUAAAGCUGGAGUAUGAAUUCCCCGAGAAAUUCUUCCCCAAAGCCAAGGAUCUUGUCAAACAGCUUUUGUCACUGGACCCUUCCAAGCGGAUUGGGUGUGAAGAGAUGGGAGGGUACGACCCUUUGAGGCAGCACCCCUUCUUCGACACUAUCUCCUGGAGCGACCUCCACCUACAGACACCCCCCAAGCUCACCCCCUACCUGCCAGCCAUGUCUGAGGAUGAUGAGGACUGCUAUGGAAACUAUGAUGACCUCCUGAGCCAGUUCAGCAACAUGCAGGUGGCCCAGUCCAGCUCAUCACACUCCUUGUCACCACAUGAAUCCACACCCCCGCAGAGGUCCAGCAGCAACAUUGAGCAGUACAUCCAUGACCUGGACAAUAACUCUUUUGAGCUGGAUCUGCAGUUCACUGAAGAAGAGAAGCAGCUAUUGCUGGACAAACAGACCACUGGAAACACCUGGCACCAGUUUGUGGAGAAUAACCUGAUCCUGAAGAUGGGCCCAGUGGACAAAAGGAAGGGUCUGUUUGCUCGACGGAGACAGCUGCUUCUCACUGAAGGACCACACCUGUACUACGUGGAUCCUGUAAACAAGGUCCUGAAAGGGGAGAUUCCUUGGUCCCUAGAGCUACGCCCUGAGGCCAAGAACUUCAAAACCUUCUUUGUUCAUACGCCUAACAGAACAUACUAUUUGAUGGACCCCAGCGGAAAUGCUGACAGAUGGUGCAAGAAGAUCCAGGAAGUGUGGAGAAAGAUCUAUCAAAGGCACCAAAACCCCGGCCUAUAGGAGCACAGUUCCUCCUGUGGCCACUCCUCUUUAGCUCUGAGGCCAAUCACUGAGCAGAGUAACACCCUCUUUAGUGCCCUUCAUCACCGCAAUGUAAACAAACUCUUAGAGACGCUGGCAUCUAGACCUUGUUUGUUUUCCUGAGUAGAACCAUGGGAAAAAUACAACUUUGGAUUCAGGGUUGCUUUGCUUGUUCUUUGUGCUCUCUGUGAGGCUUCUAUUGCAUUUUUCCAUGUAUGGAUGAUAAGACUGCCACCAUGCACAUCUGCUUUUUGUACAUUCUGCAGGGGGGGGAAGAGAGGGGCAAGCUUGUCCUAUAGAGGGACACACGCUUGGCUACCGCUAGGACUAUCUCAAAUGCAAGGACUGGUUUCCUGCUCCAAUGAUACCAUAACACAAAAUCUAGCUUUUGUGAACCAGAGCCUAUCCUGAUAUCUUAAUUAAACCAUAUCCUAUUCCUACAUCGUAUGUGCAAGCUGUAGUCAGGCCCCACUUCAACAGCAUAAUACUCCAUGGUUGUAACAGAUACUGUACGCAGAUUCAGUCUCACGUGUUUACCAAACUCAAACCCUAUAUAUAUUUUUGUCAGAGCCCAAGUGUUCCCACGGUAUUUGAGUUUUUUUUUUUUUUUUUUUUUUUAAGUCUCUUGGAACUUGCUUAUUGCAGUCAAACUAAGGUCUCGAUGUAACAAAGCAGAGUGCCGGUCUGCAGUGAGACAUGGGUCUGAAUCAGUCUCUAUACAAGUGCGAGCCUUCUGUAGCCGUGACUUAGGAUGUGUUGCUAACAGGGGGCGGGUAAACAUGCCACUAGCUUGUACUUCCUAAUCAUAACUUGCUUAUCUUUCCUGCAUGGCCAGUUUUGUAGCUCAGCCUUGUCUGCUUCUCUCUCUCCCAGGGCACUGGAGAUAUAGUUUAUUCAAGUUUAAAGGUGGGUAUUUUUGACUGCAUUGGUAACCAUAGCGUAUUUUAUUGGAUGAAUUUGGCUGUUCUGUACCAUUCACUGGCUAUUUCUUUGUGAUGUGAAUUCUGCAACUUCUUUUUCGGUGGGAUAGUCGGCUCAUCUUCAGUACGUCCUAUUGAAAACUAAAUCGUAUGUGCUGACCACCCCAUGCUGAACAGAAAACCUUCAUCAACAAGUGAUACAUACACACACACACACUAUCAUUCUCCGAAGCAAUCACGGUAACGCUGUUGUCCCCGGACGAGAUGGCAGAACUGCCUCAUCGGGCUCAUCGGCCCAUUUUGUUUUCAUUCUGACGUUUGGCCCAAUAGAAAUUAAAGCGACUGAUUUAACUUGUGCUCUUGUUUUAGCAAUAUGUAUUAUCAUAAUGCUUUUAAUUUUUGACAUAUUACCUUAAGGUCCUUUCCAAAGGUCCUCUUCCUUCAGCUGAGUCUGUGUGUGCAGUGUGUGACUGGAGUAUAGGUGAAUAGGACCCUGGGGCCCGGGGCUCAAUGUGGUUGGAUGUCAGUUAAAAGAUAUCUAUCUGAUCCAAAUAACCGAUGAAAAAUUGCUGUAUCUGUCUAUAAAGUUGAGGAAGCACUAGAGUAGUGUUUUCUUCUAGUUAGAAAAAUUGUUUGAAUCAAGUCGAUGGCAGUCGGUUACAUUGUGUAUGGAAUACUCUACCUGGCUUGUAACUGACUAGAACUGUGAUGUACAGAUGAUGUAUUAUUAAAAUCUGAAGCAAGUAAUGCAAUGAUAUUAGGAUACAGUUUUUGUAUUUUUAUUCUUGUAUAAGGUUAUUUGAUGGCUAUUGUUUAGCCUCUAGUUCAUUCUGUGUUAUUUAAAUUCUAAUAUAUGAAUCAUUUGGAUUGAAGUCAUGUUCAGGGGCCAUGUUGUGUAUGUAUUGAGAUGUAAAGCCUUUGAAUGUGAAUAAUUAUUGUAAACUAUAAUAUUUUACAGCUUUUUUCUUACUAUAUCAUACAUUUUCUAUUUGCUCAGUGAUUUAAUCAUAUUCUGAUAAUUUAAUGAAUCUGUUCAUUCUCUCUCUGAUUAUUUGUGCGCUAGGUCAGUAGAUGUUGAAUGAUGAAUUUUCCACUUAAUGCUUGGUAGUCCAGUAAUUAAAGCAUGUAGGGAUUUAGGCAUACAAAUAAAGCCGCGUGUCCUGUCUUCUGUUAUCAACCACAGUCGUGACACCACGAAAGCAGCAGCAGCAUUCAGUGGCAAUGGCAUCUCACAUUUUGCAACAUGUAAAUAAAGUACCGGCCCAUUA